AUGGAGAAUAAAAUUAAUAAGAAGUACAAAAUAGUAAAGAAUGAUGAUAUAAAUCAUCGAUAUACUAUUAAUGAUGUAGAAGUUUGCUUUCCAUAUGAAUUAUAUGAUUGUCAAUAUAAUUAUAUGCUAAGUGUGUUAAAUGCAUUAAAAAAAAAAGAAAAUGCAAUAUUAGAAUCUCCUACUGGUACAGGUAAAACAUUAUGUUUACUUUGUGCGAGUAUAAGUUAUUUGGUGAAUGUUUUAGAAAAAAAAGGGCAUUUCAAUGAAAGCAUAAAUAUACGAGAAAAUAAAUCAAAUGUUUCUUUUGGGUUUAAAGAAAAUGAUAAUGGACCUAAAAAAAGUAUAAAAGCGGAUUAUCCCAAAAUAAUAUAUGCAUCUAGAACACACAGUCAAUUAAAACAAGUAAUCAAAGAGUUAAAAAAUGUAUAUUUCAUAAAAAAUAAUGAAAAAUACAAAUUAUUAACAACCAUAUUAGGUUCAAGAGAUCAAUUAUGUGUUCAUAAUAUUAGCUAUAAUUACAAAGGUACAAUGUUAAAUAAUAUGUGUAAGAGAGUUCGAAAAAGUGGAGAAUGUAUGUAUCAUAAUGGCUUAAAACAUUUAUAUAAAUAUAAGCAUUUAUUUACUACCCCUAUGGAUGUUGAAACAUUAAAUGACAUAGGGAAAGGAAAUAAUAGUGUUGGGCAAAAUAUUCAUUUUUGUCCAUUUUAUGCUACUAGAGAAAUUCAAAAUGAAUGUCAUGUUAUUCUGUUACCAUAUAAUUAUUUAUUUGAAGAAAGUACAAGAAGAAUAUUAAAAUUAGACUUAGAAAAUUGUAUCAUUAUAAUUGACGAAGGACAUAAUAUUGAAAAUGUUGCAGAAGAAGCUGUAUCAUUUAAAAUAAGAGAUUCAGAUUUAAAUUUAUUUUUAGAAAGUAUAAAGGCUACUCUUAGUAUAUUAGAGAAAGUAAAUGAUAUAGAUAAAGAAAUCCAAGAUAAAAUAAAUGUUGAUGAAUUAUUUAUGCUAAAUAGGAGUAUUAAUAGUUUAAUUACAUGGUUAGAAAAUGAGCGGUUAGAACGUAAUGAUAGAAAGAAAAUUAAAGAAAGACAUAAAACAUAUGAAGGAAAUAAAAUUUUUGAUAUAUUUGAAAAUAAUAAUAUAAAUAUUAGUAAAAGUAAUUUUGAAAAUUUUAAUAAUUUAUUAUCAAAUAUGAUAGAAUUAUUAAAUAAAUAUAUAAACGAUUUUAAAUUAUCUCAAAUAGAUGUAAAAAAUGUAAAUAAAUAUAUAGCUACUAUAGAUAAUGUGAAAAAGGCAUUUAGCAUAUUGUUUAGUGAUAUAGUUAAAAAUUGUAUAGAAUAUUUUCAAUUAUAUAUUAAUGAAGAAAAAGUAUUAUAUAACGAAUCUAAUGAUCCAAAUAAAGUUUAUGAUCAUAUGAAAAAAUUUACAAAAAUUAAAACAAAAAUUGCAUAUGAUAAUCAAAGUAAUUAUACUAUGAGCAAAACAAUAUCAUUAUUAUGUUUUUCAGCAACAGCUAGUUUAUGUGGUAUAAUAAAAGAAAAGGUAAAUUCUAUAAUUGUAACAUCAGGUACAUUAUCUCCUGUUGAACCAUUUUCAAAACAAUUAAGUGGAAGUUAUUUUUCAUUUCAUCAUAUAUUGGAAAAUGAUCAUGUUAUUAAAUCACAUCAAUUAUUUGUUGGCUGUAUGACUCAUUAUAAUAAUCAAUUAUUAUUGUCUACUUAUGAAAAUAGAUCUAAUGAAAAUUAUAUAAAAGCUUUAGGCAAUUGUAUAUUUGAUAUAAUUGCUUGUAUACCUUUUGGUGUCCUAAUAUUUUUUGCAUCUUACAGUUCUAUGACUGAAACUGUUGCAACUUGGAAAAAAUUAAAAAUUUUUGAUAAAAUAAAUUCAUAUAAAACAAUAUUUGUUGAACCCAAUAAAGCAGCUGAUUUAAAAGAUAUAUUAUUUCAAUAUGAAAAUAUAAUAAAAAAAAAAAGAAAAGGUGCUAUACUUAUGGGAGUAUGUAGAGGAAAAAUAUCAGAAGGAAUCGAUUUUAAAGAUGAUUGUUGUAGGGGUGUUAUAAUUUGUGGAUUACCUUAUGGUAAUGUCUAUGAUAGUAAAAUUAUAUUUAAAAGAGAAUUUUUAGACAAUUUUAAACCCGAAAUAAGUGAAUCAAAUACAUCUGGUGAAACAAAUAAUGAUAAUAAUACAUCUAAAGGAAAUAAAUGGUAUAAUGAAGAAGCUAUGAGAUCAAUUAAUCAGUCUAUUGGUAGAGUUAUUAGGCAUAAAGAUGACUAUGGAGCAAUAUUUUUUCUUGAUUCUCGAUUUUCGAAUAAUCAAAGAAUUAAAGAAAUUUCUAAAUGGGUUAGGGCCCAUUUUCGGGUAUAUCGAGAUAUUGAUCAAAUACAAAAUGAUAUUGAAAAAUUUUUUGAACUUUUUAAAGGUAUAAACAGUUUGAAAACGGAACAAGCAAGCAUUAAUGAUUCUCAAAGAUCUGUUGAAAAACAAAAUGGAGGUUAUGGAAUGAAUGACAGUUUUAACAGCAUGGGUGGAAGUGAAGAAAGUAGUAUUAUGAAGCAAAUUGGAAAAAAUUUUCAAGAUUGUUAUAUACAAAAUAAUAAACAAACCAAACACGGGAUUUCAGAAAAUAAAUUCGUUUUUAACCCCACAAAAAAAAUUAAAAAUCAACCUAAAAUACUUAGUAUGAUACAAAAUAUAACAAAAGGAAAACAAGCACAAAAUAAUAUAUAUGUAGACAGUACAAAUGAUGAAAAGCAAAUUUUUAAAAAAAAAGACAAUGAAGAAAGUAAUGCUAAGUUGGAUGAUGCAAAGUCAUUGAUAUCAGCUUUUAGAGGAAUAUUUUCGAAAGAAAUAUAUACUAAAUUUUUUGAAUCAAUAAAAGAAACAAAAAAAAAAAAUGAUGAUAAUAAAUAUGAAUUACUAAUAAGUACCAUUUUCGAUCUAAUUAUCGAAAAUUGUGAAGCAGAAAAAAAUGAAACUUCCAGCGAUGAUACAAUUAUAAAAAAUGCGCCAUUCAAUUUUCACCUUGUUAUGUCAGAAAAAAAAAUAAUAAAUAUCUGGGAACUUGUUAUUAAACUUAUUAAUAAUUUUUUCCCUCCAGAACAAACAGAAAAAUGUUUUUUCAUUAUUAGGAAGAAGUUUAGAGAAAAGACAAACCAUUUUCAGGAGUUGGAAAAAUAUGUAUAUAACUACAGGCUCAAAAGAAUUGAACGGAUAUAA